AUGCCUGAUUUGAACAUUCCGGAAUCAUUUUACAAGACAAAAGCCAUGAUAAGUGGUUUAGGCCUUGAUUAUAAGAAGAUAGAUGCAUGCCCAAACGAUUGCAUGCUAUUUUGGAAGGAGCAUGAAAAGGAAAAUUCUUGCACUAUUUGUGAAGCUUCACGGUGGAAACAAAAUGCUGCAACUGAAGGAUGCGAGUCUGAGCAACCAAAAAAUGACUGUAGAGUUCCUGCAAAAGUUUUGAGGCACUUUCCGUUGAUUCCUAGACUACAAAGGUUGUUCAUGUGUUCAAAGACAGCUGAGUCAAUGAGAUGGCAUGAAGAAGAGCGCUCAAAGGAUGGAAAAUUGAGGCAUCCUGCUGAUGGUGAAGCGUGGAAGGACUUUGAUGAGCUCCAUCCAGAUUUUUCUAGUGAGUCCCGCAAUGUAAGACUUGGCUUAACGAGUGAUGGGUUUAAUCCAUUUAGGACCAUGAGCUUAUCUCAUAGUACAUGGCCUGUCUUGAUGAUGGUAUACAACACACCACCUUGGCUGUCCAUGAAACCUGAAUAUACAAUGUUGUCAUUGUUGAUUCCUGGACCAAAAUCUCCAGGCAACGAUAUCGAUGUUUACCUCCAACCACUGAUAGAGGAGCUAAAGGAGUUAUGGGAAUCUGGCAUAGAGACAUAUGAUUCUUCAAUGAAUCAAACUUUUCAAAUGCGUGCAGCUCUUCUGUGGACAAUUAGUGACUACCCUGCUUAUGCUAUGUUGUCGGGAUGGAGCACCAAAGGAAAAUUGGCGUGUGCUUGUUGUAAAUCUAACAACAAUUCGUUAUACCUCAAACACAGUCAUAAGACGUGUUAUAUGGACCACCGUACCUUUUUAACAAGAACUCAUUCUUGGAGAGACGAUGUCAAAUCAUUUAACGGAGAAGAAGAACAUAGGACUGCACCAUCCAUGUUAAACGGGGCAGAAAUUCUUGAACUCUUAAAAGAUUUCAAUGUAAUGCACAUUGAAAAAAACAUAUUUGAUAGUAUUGUUGGAACUCUUUUGGACAUCAUGGGGAAGACAAAAGAUCAUAUUAAAGCCCGUUAUGAUUUGCAAGAAAUGGGAAUUAGAGAAAGACUUCAUCCAAGGGAGAUUGGUGGAGGACGUUCAGAGUUUGCAAAAGCGUGUUUCUCAAUGACUCCGCACGAGAAGUCAAUUUUUUGUGGAGUUAUAAAGGCUGCCAAGUUACCAGAUGGGACUGCAUCAAAUAUUUCAAAAUGUGUACAAGUUGGUGACAAAAAAAUAUCUGGUUACAAGAGCCAUGAUGCGCAUUUCAUGUUACACUAUUUGUUGCAAAUCGCAGUAAGAAGCACAAUGCCCAAGGAGGUGGCAACCCCACUAAUUCGUCUUGGUUCCUUUUUCCGCUCUCUCUGUCAGAAAGUUAUACAAGUGGAAGAUUUAGAUUACCUGGAAAAUGAGAUUGCAGAGAUACUUUGUCAGUUGGAGAUGAUAUUUCCUCCAAGUUUCUUUGACAUAAUAGUUCACUUGCCUAUUCACCUGGUAAAUGAAGUUAGAUUGGGUGGUCCUGUUCAAUUUCGAUGGAUGUAUCCCACCGAAAGAUACUUGUGUAAACUUAAGAACUAUGUCCACAAUAGAGCUUAUCCUGAAGGUUCUAUUGCCAAGGGGUAUCUGGCUGAAGAAGCUAUAACAUUUUGCUCAAGGUAUUUGCAUAGCAAUGUAGAUACAAGGUUUAAUAGGAAGAGUCGGAAUUAUGAUGUUACCAAUUCACUUGAAACGGAUCCGGAUGAUUACUUUACAACUGUCGGUCGUCCUUUAGGGGGGGCAGGCAAACCCUUUCAUCUCGAUGUGAAAUCAAAGGAUGAUGCCCAUCGAUACAUCUUAUUCAAUUGCAAUGAAGUUCAAAUUUACAUCAGUGAGCAUGAUCAAAGUGUUAAUUCAAACACUAACAAAAGGAAGUGGACCAAGGCCAAAAGUCAAAGUAAAGAAUUUAGUGAAUGGUUUAAAACUCGUGCCCAGAAUGAUGAUGUGCCAUUACAACUUGAAAAACUUUCUAGAGGUCCUAAUUUUGUUGCAAAGAGGUAUCCAGGUUAUGUCAUUAAUGGAUAUAGGUUACAUACUAGGAAACGAGAUGCAAAUCGCAAAACUCAAAAUUCUGGCGUAACUUUAGUUUCACUAACUUCAAGUUUCGCUAGCUCCAAGGAUGGAAAUCCUAGGACAGAACCCAUCACAUAUUAUGGAACCAUUGUUGAUAUAAUUGAGUUAUACUACUAUGGAAAUUUCAACUUUGUAUUGUUUAAGUGCGAUUGGUUUGAGGUUGAAAAAGACAAAUACGGACUUACUUGUGUGCGUUUCAAUAAGAAAAUUUAUCAGAAUGAUCCAUUUGUGCUACCUUCUCAAGUUCAUCAAUGUUACUAUGUCCAAGACCCUUUUGAUCCAAACCGGCAUUAUGCUCUGCAAACAGUUCCACUAGAUUUCUUUAACAGUGCUGACCCGUCAAACUUACAAGCUGAAAGUGGAGAAAAUAGUGAUGGUGAUGGUGAAUUAAAUUGGGUUAGGGAAGACAUACCUGCAACAAUAGCUGAAACAACUUAUGAAAUGAAUGAAACUGAAAGUGAUGGAAAGGAUUUUGAUUAUGAUGAUACCCUAUUUGAUUUAAUGGACUAA